AUGUUCUGGCAGUAUAUACUUUUGGUUGAGGCGUUUAUUGCGACGGACACCCUCCUUGCAGUGGCCCGCAAGGACAGUGAGAAACGCCCCGAGUACAAUGCCUGGAAGUUUUUGAAAAGCUUCAAAAGUGGCUACAUCAAGUACCAGACUUACGUGGAUUCAGUUGGAUGUACAGAGUUUUUGCGAAAAGCACUGAAUGCAACCGAUAAAUCUGCAUUAUAUCAAGUGUCGUUCAAAGUUCUAGCUGACAAUACCAAGGAAACAAUUACAUUGCGUUUUCACGAGCAAAUCACACCAAACGAAUACGCUGUCUACAAUGAAGAUGAAGAAGAACUUUACAAUUCGACGGUGGCGUACAGCGACGACAGUAAAUGCAGCAUAAUUCAGGACAGUGAGACGCCCACAAACUGCAAGAUGUUCGUGAAUACCGGCACUUCGAACCGGGUAAUUCAAGAAUGCUUUAAGAAGUUUCCCGACACUUGUGACUCAAGUCGCUACGAUGCCUUCGACCUGGAUAUUUGUCGCUAA